AACUUUGUGCAAUCUUUGGCGGGCGACCUUCUUGUCAUGAGGCUGACAAAGGUUUUUCUGUUGUUCUGCUGUCUGGAUUAUGCGGUUGGGCUAACCGGACAUGUAUGCACCAUCAUCCAAUACUACCAGCACUGGACAACUACAAGAACCGGCCUAUGGGGAUGGGGAAGAACGUCGGUUUCCAGAAUGAGAAGCACUUAUGUGCAGGUCUGCUGUUUUGGAUGGCGGGAUAAUGGACGUGGAGAAUGUGUCAUACCUAUAUGCCGCACGGAUUGCUAUAAUGGCGGCACGUGCAUACAACCCGACACGUGCAAGUGUCCGCCGUCAUCCGAGGGGGCGAAUUGUGCACAACUUAAGUGUUCUCAUCUGAAGCCCUGUUUCCCCGGUGUGUGUAGUCCCCCUGACAACUGCGCAUGUUAUGAUGGUUGGGAAAACCCGACUAAUAUUCGGGAAGAUGGUUGUUUAAGAUUUUCUGCUGGAAAGAAUCUGCCAACAAUGUCAUCUUGCGCUGUGACUCUAGCGAACAUACGGCGUACAGAUCUAAAGGAACUCUUCUACUUUAGCAUUCCGUGCACAAACGAAACAGGGAGUGACGUAAUAUGGUGCAAUCAAGAGAACUUCAACUACGCACGAUUUACAAUGAAUUCCUUGUACAUACCUCUUAAUGCGUAUUUCCCGAAAGAGAUAUACAUCACAGCAAGCGGGUUUGGUAUUGUUCGAAGUCAGGCAGAUGUUCUACACACUAAAGUGAACAAAAACGGUGGACCGAACCGGCUCGUAGCUCUGAAUCACACUUACAACUGCAACUUGAUGUCUGACACCAGACCUUUAAACAACGCCAGCUGCGUGAUGACAGAGAAUGACUACAUCUACAGCUUGGAACACGGAGAUGAGUUUACAGUGAAGUUUCGAUCAAAGAGUGGAGGAUAUAGGCAACUAUAUAACAUCAACUAUAAUAGUCCGGGAGCGUUGCAAAUUUUCCAAGGUAAUUGGGACGUAAAGCCAGUCGAGUUCAAAUUCGACUUCAUAGCUCCAAAGCAUUGUUCCGAGAAAGAAGCCACAACUAAGUGUGUCACAGGACAACAUCCAAUUAUUUUGGACAACGAUAUAACUAGGAUGCCGAUUUCACCACGAUGGAGUGGAUGGUCUGACGAUUUAUCAGGGCUGGCAUAUUACUAUGUCGAGGUAUUCCGUUUGAAACCCAAUAUUCAUAAUGAAUUAAUUGAAAUGGAACCUUUAUCACCAGUAUUUUCGUAUAUGGAAAAUAACACAGGCUCACCAACGUUCCCGACAUAUACUCCUCCAUCGGCUGGCAUGUUCUCGAUUUUACUGCAAACGUCCGACAAGGCCAACAAUUCCAAGAUUGCAAGGCGCCUUGUGCUGUACGACAACGAAUCAAGCAUCACACUUACAAAACCAGGCUUAGCGUAUGGAAUGCCUGAUUUGGAGCAAGUUAUGGCCAUGGAGGAAGGUGAUGGUGGAAUCUACGUAACAAGCGCCAUUAGGGAGACAGGUUACAUGUGGCAGACUUCACAGAAUGGCACCAAUACAACACUUGUCUUCAGUUGGAUGUCUCAUUUUGUGAAUAAGAUUCAUGAUGACGGAAAACUAUUAAAUACUAUUCUUCCAUACCCUACUCAAUUCCAAGAUCUAGAGGACGAUGGUGUGCUUCGAAGCAAAAAGUAUGUUGCAAUAGAUGAUAAUGAUGGUGCACGAACGCGGGCGGCGAUUGCCAACAAGCACGGUAUCGUGAAGUUUGAAGUUAAGCGCGUGUAUACAGACGACAAACAGAUACCGACAUUCGGGUGGACUGAAAUACCAUUGACGGAACAGUAUACAUUUUCUGAGGUCAUUGCUGAUGGGAGCCACGUGAGACUUUGGGUUCGAGCCACGGAUAUCAUGAACAACACGCAGCCUGAUUAUACCGAGGUGCACAUUGACAACUCGCCACCGAGGGUCUCCAACAGCAUGAUCAAAACGAAUGUGGUCAAUGGAUCAUUUGUUUAUACAACAAGAUUGAUGUUCGACGCAUCAGAUGACGGAAGCGGUGUGCACAAGAUUGCAAUUGAUCUUUAUGUUGGAAAUCAAACGAAAGCAAAACGGAGGGAAUUGUUUCAGGCUAAUAGGAAAAACGAAUCUGGCGCAUGUGAAAGUGACCCUGAAUGUCGAUGCAUAUUGGAUACAUGCUUUCGGCUCCGGCAGUCGGUAGAUAUCGACAACUGCUGGUUUCUUGUACCAAAAGAGCAACUGAAUUACACGGGUCGAAUACAAGUAACCGUCUUCAAUCAGGCGCUUUUGACGCAGACAUUUAAUGAUACAGUAUCCCGAUUAAGUGAUUUGGCAGGACUGGAGGAAUAUUCUGGGCCUACCAACAUCAGAGUUGAGAAGAGUCUCGCUAACGGAGUAAGGAUUGUUUGGGACAUUCCGGACAAGCCGUCUUGCUUUGGACGUGUGGAAAUCGUUCUUGUCAUAUACCUUGGAAAUGGACUAACCAGAAAAAUUAAUGUCAAUAGCGAAGAAAACUCAGUGGAUGUUCUUGGAUUGGAUCCUAAUCAGGAAUACAGCGUGUCGCUGAAUCUAGGAUUUGAUGGAACCGAACUUGCAGCCCUUCCUUAUAAAUUCAAAACAGCUGCUCAAGAAAACCAUCUUGACGGGGGAAUAAUUGCUGGAGUCAUAAUUGGCAUACUGGCUAUAGUAGGCGCAAUGCUAGCGGCUUUCGUUAUUGCUUUAAGAAUGGGUUAUCUUCAGCCUGUAAGGCAAGGAUUACGGGCUGUGUCUGUGCAGUACCGGAAGUCACGUUUCGCAAGAGCUGUUUCCAGGUCCUUUACGAACUCAAUGUACAUGUACGGAGACAUGGACUUCGCUGACAUGGAUUCGUGGCAACUAGCUCGCGAUAAUGUCGUUUUGGAGAGUUUGUUGACCUCCGGAACGUUCGCGGAUAUAUACCUGGCCAGCGUCAAGAACUGUGGAAGCAAAAUGGUUGCAAAAACCCUUAAACAGAGUUUCACCGAACAAGACGCACAUCUGAUGAAAGCAAAGAUAAACUUUUACUCGAUGAAAGUUGGCGAGCACGAAAACAUAAUUACUUUCGCUGGAGCAGUAACUGAGGAUGCAAUUAUGGGGCCAUUCAUCCUCUUCGAGUAUUGCAGCAACGGUCAGUUGAAUGAGCAUCUCACUACACAUCGACAAAAUGUGACCAUAGAGGUGCAGGAACUCCUUCUGCGAUUUGGCCUGCAGGUCGCCAGAGGAAUGGACUAUCUAGCACAGAGAAAGAUUGUUCACCGACGCCUCGCCGCUCGUAACAUUCUUCUAGACGCCAAUAUGACGGCUAAGAUUUCUGGAUUCGGACCAAUGGUUGGAGAUGGAGGAGUGGACGGUAAAUCCGAGAGGAUUCCAAUCAAGUGGAUGGCUCCCGAAUGCUUGAAAACAACAAAAGGCGCGACAGAAAAAAGCGACGUCUGGUCUUACGGCGUGGUGCUUUGGGAAAUCUUUUCACUUGGCAUUGCACCAUAUGAAGACAUAAGAGGAAAAGAGCUCCCUUCAAGACUAAAAAGCGGCUACAGGUUGCCAAAACCUGAGCAGUGUGAUGAAAAAUGGUACGGGAUGAUGACUCGCUGUUGGCAGACGGAUGCAGCGGACCGACCCGAGUUCAAGGACAUCCUCGCGGAACUCGACGAGGUUUUUGUGGCGGCACCUGUCGACAACUACUAUUUUUACAAACGAUAGACGAAAUGGGCAUACCUGUCUUAUAUACUUGAACUUUUAAACUUAACAAGUGACAGUGUAUCAUAAUAAUAUUCGUGAAAACGAACGUUGAUUAAUUUAAGAAAAUUAUUUAUUUUAAAACUGUAAUAAAUCCAAAAUAUAGUUACUUUGAAAACUAUGAUUGUUAGAAAUAUCAUACAGGCUUAUAGGCAGGGCAAAACAUGUGACAAAUUCUAAACAUUAACACGUACCAGAUGAAACAAGAAUAUUAAGAAAAAAAUAUAUUUUAAAAACGGUUGAAACAGUAUAUUUAUUGUGCACAAAGUUCAAUCAUUUAUCUGCCCUAAUGCACACGGAGCUUAACGUGUAUACUCCUUUCGUGAAGCAAUCUUUUAUUUAUUAUUAUAAUGUGACAUUAUGCUAACAUUAUUCAUUCAUAAAAAUGUAUUUUAACAUAGCUUAAACAAAACGUAGUCAAUAAUUAAUUAAGGAUGAGUCGCUCUGCAAUUGCAAGUAUUUGAUUUUCCUGAAGGUGGUGGGCACUAUACUAAGAAUUAGAUUUGCACAUCGAUGUAUUAAGAUGAUUGUUCCAAUCUUAUCUAUUGCUCCUGAAUAUAUGAAUUUCCCAUUUUUUGUGUACAACAUAUUAAGAAAUAAUGUCAUAGACCAGUGAUAUGAUAAUCUCCUUUUUUAAAUUUUGUUUUAAAAUUGUUGUGUAUUUCAUUAGAAUAUAUAAUGUUUUGUAACUUGUGUGUGAACCUGAUUAAACCAAAAUAUCAAGCUGACGUUUCAUCAACCUUUAUGUGUCACAACUUUCCAUUCAAGCAUUAACAAGUAAUAGUUACUCACACUUGUGCAUACUAUAUUUUAAAAUAAAUAAAAUAAAUUUAUGAACAGUGA